AUGUCCAUGUAUGCAGUAAAACUUGGACCAUAUCAAGUGGAAGAUACUUGUGGGAAAUCAUUUACCUGUUACUCAAGUCUUAAAGUUCACCACAGAAUCCAUACAGGAGACAAACCUUUCAAAUGUAAUAACUGUGGGAAAAGCUUUUUACAUUCUUCAGGUCUUAAAAGGCACUACAGAAUUCACACUGGAGUCAAACCUUACAAAUGCAAUGAGUGUGGGAAAUCAAUUACCUGUUACUCAAGUCUUAAAGUUCACCACAGAAUCCAUACAGGAGAUAAACCUUAUAAAUGCAAUGAAUGUGGGAAAAGAUUUAUACAGUACUCAGAUCUUAAAAAUCACUACAGAAUCCACACAGGAGACAAACCUUACAAAUGCAAUGAAUGUGGGAAAUCAUUUACCCAUUACUCAAGUCUUAAAAUUCACCACAGAAUCCAUAUAGGAGACAAACCUUUCAAGUGUAAUAACUGUGGGAAAAGCUUUUUAGAUUCUUCAGGUCUUAAGAGACACUACAGAAUUCACACUGGAGACAAACCUUACAAAUGUAAUGAGUAUGGGAAAUCAUUUUCCCCUUACUCAAGUCUUAAAGUUCACCACAGAAUCCAUACAGGAGGCAAACCUUUCAAAUGUAAUAACUGUGGCAAAAGCUUUUUACAUUCUUCAGGUCUUAAAAGGCACUAUAGAAUUCACACUGGAGACAAACCUUACAAAUGUAAUGAGUGUGGGAAAUCAUUUACCCGUUACUCAAGUCUUAAAGUUCACCACAGAAUCCAUACCGCAGACAAACCUUUCAAAUGUAAUAACUGUGGGAAAAGCUUUUUAGAUUCUUCAGGUCUUAAGAGACACUACAGAAUUCACACUGGAGACAAACCUUACAAAUGUAAUGAAUGCGGGAAAUCAUUUACCUGUUACUCAAGUCUUAAAGUUCACCACAGAAUCCAUACAGGAAACAAACCUUUCAAAUGUAAUAACUGUGGGAAAAGCUUUUUAUAUUCUUCAGGUCUUAAAAGGCACUACAGAAUUCACACUGGAGACAAACCUUACAAAUGUAAUGAGUGUGGGAAAUCAUUUACCCAUUACUCAAGUCUUAAAGUUCACCACAGAAUCCAUACAGGAGAGAAACCUUUCAAAUGUAAUAACUGUGAGAAAAGCUUUUUAGAUUCGUCAGGUCUUAAGAGACACUACAGAAUUCACAAUGGAGACAAACCUUACAAAUGUAAUGAAUGUGGGAAAUCAUUUACCUGUUACUCAAGUCUUAAAGUUCACCACAGAAUUCAUACAGGAGACAAGCCUUACAAAUGUAAUGAAUGUGGGAAAUCAUUUACCUAUUACUCAAGCCUUAAAGUUCACCACAGAAUCCAUACAGGAGACAAACCUUACAAAUGUAAUGAAUGUGGGAAAUAUUUUAUCCAGUUUUCAAAUCUUCAAGUUCAUCAGAGAAUCCACACAGGAGACAAACCAUACAAAUGUAAUGAAUGUGGGAAAUCAUUUGCCCGUUACUCAAGUCUUAAAGUUCACCACAGAAUCCAUACAGGAGACAAACCUUUCAAAUGCAAUGAAUGUGGGAAAUAUUUUAUCCAGUUUUCAAAUCUUCAAGUUCAUCAGAGAAUCCACACAGGAGACAAACCAUACAAAUGUAAUGAAUGUGGGAAAUCAUUUUCCCGUUACUCAAGUCUUAAAGUUCACCACAGAAUCCACACAGGAGACAAACCUUACAAAUGCAAUGAAUGUGGUAAAUAUUUUUCCUCGUCUUCAAGUCUUAAAGUUCACCACAGACUUCAUACUGUAGACAAAACAUUUAAAAAUGAUUAG